AUGACCCAGCCGUUUCCUUCUGCGCUGUACGGCGGUAGCACAUCGCCCAACGGCACCACAGCCUCGUCCACCCCUACAUACCCGCCUUCGCGGUCCAAUUCGAACUCAGGUGCCGGGUCGGGGCCGCGUAGCUCCACGGGCUCAGGACAGCGACCAUCGACAGCCUCACGAGACGGCGGACAUGUUGACGACACACACGACAGGCUUAGGGUGCAGGUCCCUGCUAUGGCAGCCAGCGCGAGCGUAUCCAGCAUAUCGAGCGUGAGCGUUUACGCUACGCCACCAAGCUCGGCUGGCAGCAGCGGGAGCGCCAUCUCCCACGUCGGCGAGCUGCCCAACAUUGGCUAUACCAUGUCAAACCCAAGACAGUCGGGAGACAGAGACAGAGAUGCAACCGUGCGCGCGCACAGGAGGUCUGAGAGCGGCGGCGAUCGCGGCCCCGCUUUUCCCGAGAGUGCAACGCUGCCGACUACUGCAGGAGGAUGGCCAGCAGUGCCCGAGAGUGCGACACUGCCUACGCCCGCGGGGGGCUGGCCGACGGCGCUGAACAAUUUCUCGACGAGAAGGAGAUCGGGCAGCGGAUCGAGCUAUGCGCGCUCGCUUAACCACGGCUCAAUGGCACACCACCACCGUUCAAGCCACGAGCAAAGGUUCAGCCACGAACACAGGCCGAGCCACGAACACAGGCCGAGCCACGAACACAGGCCGAGCCACGAACAUAGGCCGAGCCUUGAACAGCGGCUAACCCCCAUGCAAAGGCCAAGCCACGAACAAAGCCCCAAGAACUCGCCAGCGACAUUGACCCACUCGCCCUCUCACUCGCUCACCUCCAAUCCUCCGCCUAGCUUGCCACCCGCAGCACCCCUCCCGCCCGUACCUAGCUCAAGCCCCGUCGACAGCGCCGCGAUGCUCUUCAUCACCGGCGCCCAGGGCCAACACGGCAUCGGCCCCCGCGCGCGGCGCGCCUCGCGGCUCUCAGUACGCUCCAUCGACUCGACCGCCUCGGGGCGGAGGAGCGUCAGCCCGAUGAAGGGCUUCGAGGGUGCGCCUCCGCCGUCGCCGUCGCCCGUCGGCAGCUUUGGGAAUAUUGGGAACGGGUGGCCGUCGUCUUCGCCCCUGUCUGCGACUGCGUCUGAGUCGGUGUCGACGUCUACGAUGGGGUCUGCUGAGGGGGGAAGGCCGAGGGGCGGGUCGAAUGCGUCGUCGCAGUCGCUCCUGAGCGUGCAUAAUGGGCUAACGGCGCGCGGGCCGGCGGUGACGCCGAUGGAGAGCCCGACGCUGGGUGCGGGCGCGAGCAGACCGCCGAUCGCGCGGAAAGGGUCGGGCGCGACGCUUAACAGCGUUACGAGCACGGUCAGCAGCAGCCUUGGUGGUCUGGCGUCGUCUGCGACGAGCACGACGAGUGCGGACGAGUUCGCGGCGCGUGCGCGCAAGGCCAGUCUUACGGCGGAGAAUCUGCUGGAUGUGCAGGAGGAGGAAACGGAGCUGCUGAGCGAUGCGCCGUCGAUUACGAGGAAGGCGCCGAGUACGCCGCCGCGGACGACGAAAUCGCUUGUGGCCGCGCCGAGUCCGAUGCCGUUUCCGAGUUAUGGGGAUGAUGAUGAGGAUGGCGGUGGAUUGGGAAAUUCGAGUAUAGCGGAUAUCGAUCUGAAGGAGCUUGCUGCUGUUGCGGGGGAGGUGACGAUGGGCGAGGAGACGGAUGAUGGUGGGCGGGGGGUGCGUGGUGCGGAGGCGUUUGAGCUCGAGAGGGUGCGGUCGCGCGGGAGGAGGUCGAGGGAUGUGAGUGCGAGUGCGGCGCAGGUGAGGAUGGCGAACCCGCAUUCGCCGCCGACGAGUCCGCCGCCGUCGGCGAGGGCAGCGAUGACGAUGACGAAUGCGAAGGAGCAGGGCGGGGGAAAAGAUGGAGAGGGACGGACGAGCCCCGAGAUCGGGGAGAUGUUGCGUGCGACGCCGAGACCGCGUAAGUCGAGCAGCCGGCUGAGAGCGAAGGCGUCUGGGUCGAGGCUGAGUGCGCAUUCGAGGGAGUCGGUCGGGAGCACGAGUACGGCGUCGCGGUUGUCUGUUGGGAGCAGUCGCGUGGUGGAUGGGAUGGGGUAUUUGGAGGGUGAGGUGGGUGGGUCGGUGAAGAGGCGGACGUCGUCGGUGAACGGGCGCGGUGGAGGGGGAGAGGGGCGGGGAGAGGAGCAGGGAGGGUCGGACUCGGAUUCGAGUUUGGAUCUACAUACACCGCUCCCACACCUUAUGCUCCGUGAAGGCAUGCUCUCCCCGCACUCGAAGCUGCUCCCGUUCGGCGAUCGAGAGCGGGAGACGCCCUCGUUGAACUCGCGGUUGUCUGUGAUUUCGACGGGCUCAACUAUGACUGCCGUCACUACUGCGUCGGCCGCGACGAAUGUGAGCAAGCUGAGCGGCAAGUCUGGGCCACCCAAGGACAGGCGGGAUACGCCCCGGAGACGCGUUAGGCACCGCGAUGGGAAGCUGCUCAAGGGUGGUAUUGGGCUGACUACUGGGUUGGGGUGGAGUGACAGCGAAGACGAAGACGCACCGUCGGAACUGACUCGACGACUGUCCUCGUUGGCCCUCUCCCGUCGCUCCUCCAACGCGUCCGUCAACUCGGCUUACUCCUCUGCGUCUGCUCCUCGUGCACGCGCAGCGUCGGCCAGCGGCUCCGUGUUCUCGUCCUACGCAGGCUCAUCUAGACGCACCUCUCAGCUGUCGAGAAACUCGUCCUUUGCCCGCGCAUCCACGUAUUCCAGCGCUAGUGCACCUGCGUCCAACCAUCCGCUUUCCCGGUCGAUCAGCUACUCUGUUCUGAGAGAAGACAGUGAAGAGGAUGACGUUGACGAGUUUGGCGCUGUCUCUGGGAGGACGAGCAACAGCAAGAGCACGAGCGUUGUCGAGGGCAAGGGGAAGGCUAUGGGUGGCAAGGCCAGCACUAUGCCCGCCAGGACGCCCUCUAGCGCGCGCAAAACCCAAUCGGGAACGCUUAGUCCUCCUCCGCAGCCGUCGGCGCGGCCGCCUUCGAGGACGAUGCAGACGCCUAAAAAGUCGCAGGGCUCUUCGAAGAGCUCGAGUGCUGUUGCAGAGGAGCAAGAUCGCCAGCGAGGGCUCACGAGGACUCCGUCGUUUGCUGCUGCUGAGCUGAUGUCCAAGUAUGCGGAGAAACCUGGUGCAUCGUCGUCUUCUGCUACUCCCAAGCCUGUGCCCUUUCCAGUCGAUCACGACAGGACGGCCUCUCCGCUUCCGCCUUCCGAUAAAGCGGGUAACACGCGCCCCUCUACGAGCAGCGUACACUCUGCUGGUUCGAAUGGCCUUACCACCUCCAAGAGCGCGUCUGCUCUUUCUGCGUCUACUUCCAAGCCGGCAUCGCACGAACCAGCGACGCAUGGCAGUGGUCUCAAGACACCACGCAAGUACCCGAGCACCCAAGGUCUCCGCAAUAAAACGAGCAUGACGUUCUCUGGUGUUCCCGCUCCUUCGUCGAUACCUGGUGCGGCGCCCCUUGGUGGCGUAUCGAGGCCUCGUACAGGCUCGAAUGCUAGUCUUGCCAGGUCGGUUGGGCCAGGUGUUGGUGCGAUGAACGUUAGAGCCGUACGAGGGACGGGCGCCGGCGAGAGUCGCUCCGAGGUUGGGGCUGUGAUGCGCAAGGCGUCGAAUACGUCUGCCUCCUCGUCUAGUUCGCUCGGCAAGUCUGGCGGUUCGUCGAUUGCGCAGGUUCUCAACGGUGGUACGAGCGCGAACGGACGAUCGACACCUUCGACUGGUCUGCGUAUGCCAGGGACCAAGAUGCCCGGUACACCUGCCAAGGCGCCGGCGGGAGUUAUGUCUCGCCCGCCCUUGCGUACUGCUAGCCUGGGUACGGGCGCGACAUCCGUGGUCAUGUCCAAAAGCACUUCGUCGUCUUCGUCGUCGUACCACACGCCUACUGCCGAGUCGGCGUCUGUGCCCGUCUCGCCUACGUCGAGCGUGCGCCCGCUUCGCCUUCUCCAGCCUGGCGAGCAGGCGCCGAAACACGGUAGCGUGCUCGCGUACAACCGCAACGUGCACGAAGCCCAGCGGCGCGCGCACCAGUCGCUCGGCGCGAACGGCGCGGCUGUCUCGCGCACGCCGAGCGCCUCGUCCGCUGCUAGUUCCACGACCGCGUCUGGGGCGCCGUUGCAUGGGAUUCUGAAGAGCAGCUCGACGGGCGCGGGGUAUUCGGGGCGGACGACGCCGACGAGUCCGCGCGAGGGGUAUUCGGGUGUUGGUACUGGGCUUAGGAAGCCGAGGACGGGGACGGGGAUGGUGUAUAGGAGUUCGAUGGCUGGGGGUGCUGUUAAUGGGGGCUCGGGAAAGGGAGUGGGAGGGUUGAGUGCGGGAGGGGAGAGGGCGAGGGUGGGGAGCGGGGCGAGUGGGGUCGGAAUUGCGCUUUGA